UUGAAGAAGCACACAAGGGAUUGGUUUUUUAGUGUUCUUUAAUUAUGUGUUAGUUCAAAUUUCUUUUUUAUGCAUUAGGUUUUUAACCAAACUAUUACAGUGCCUGAUAUCUUUGCUGUCUGGAAUUACAGGCGAGAAAACAUUUCAGACAUUUCAGAGAACUGGAUGGUGUGAUUCUCUUUAAGAAUUUUUCUUUUGAGCAGUGUAUGGCUGAUACCAGGCUCCAGAUGAGGGAAAUAGCCAGCUCCACGAGGACCCAGACUGGGAAAAGGCUGAUUUUAUACCCAUCUGAUGCUGCACUCCGUUAUAUGUUGGGCAAGUCAAAACAACAUAAAAUGGGUGGACGUGCUAUGCGGAUUUGGCUAGAAGAGAAUUUGGUCCCUUUGUUAUCUGAUAUGCUUGCAAACAAUGAGAGAGAUGAUAUGUCCACGGUUUACAUUGAUAAGCUGGUGGGACAACAUGAGUUGUCUUAUAGAUCAGAGAAAGGUGGCUAUCAAGCGGAAAAUCUGUUUAUGAAGCUGUUUAAAGAAUCUUUAAGGGGAUUAAGAGCUAUGUAUUUGAAAGAGAAAGAACGAGUCAACAAGAUCUACUUGUUGAGAAGAAAUUUGUUUGAACUGAUGAAUUUACCAGAUGCAGAGGAUAGGACAGAUUUGGACUCUGUUGCAGAGGUUGCUCGAGCGCUGGUCAAGACAUUAGAUGCUCUCAUAAAAAAUGCAGUUGACAUCAACCUUAUGGCCCUUGAGCAGAAAAUGGUGCAUUCGAACUCCUUAAAUGAGAAAGUUGAGCAUAAGCUGAGAGAAACGCUUUACAAGAGUUCUAAGAAUGGAGUACAGGGACUUCCGAUGAGAUUGACUAGAAUGGUUCGACAAAAUCAGGCAACUGAUGUUGUAGUAGAGGCACUAUUGAAAUCUAUUGAUGCACAGCAUGAUCUGCCACAUCGACCUGCUAUGUCAUUCUUAUUCUUGGGUCUCACGAAGGCUGGUGAAGCAGAUUUAGUAGACUGUCUAGCCGAGCAUCUUGUUGCUGAUAAUGGGAUGAAUCUGCUUAUUAAAAUUGACUUGUCUGAAUACAGAGAACCAGACUCACUUUGCCGGUUCUUAAAUGGACCGUUGGAAAUUCCAAAUGGCCAUGAGCAAGGUGGUUUGUCACUCUUAGGGGCCGUUAGAAUGAGGCCACACAGCAUCCUUUUCUUUUCUGAGGUAGAAAAGGCCCACAUGUCCAUUUUCAGUGCUUUACUCUCAAUCCUUGAUAAUGGUAAUUUUAGUAUCAAUGGAGGAGAUACAGUGGACUUCAAAAACACUAUUGUCAUUUUUGCCUCGGAUCUGGGAAACAAGGCAAUUCUUCCGCGACUUGUUGGGCAUCCUGAUCAAGGUAGUGUUUGGGACGGGGCCGCGGAACAGCAGGAAAAAAGAGGCUUUAGGUUUGAGUUGCUGAAUCGCAUGGAUGAGAUAGUUUUUUUCGAUCCUUUAGCACGUGAGCAACUGAGGAAAGUUGCGAGGGUGUCAAUGCGGGCUGGUCCUCAUCUGGAAAACAAAUGUCCUCUUACAUUUUCGUGGGCAUUUUACCAUUUGUUCAAUACGGCUAAUGAUCAAGUGUAUAAAGAAUAUCCAUCAUGCAUCGAUCAAAUAGUGUCUCUUUUUGCAGAGGGGUUUAUCAAUGAACGCGUUACUUGUGGAAUGAAUUUGUGGAAGCUAUGCACCAUGUCCAUAUGACAGUAUUGGGAGAUACUUGAUACUGUUCUCAUAACUCUAAAUUAGCAAUAGUAGUUUAUUAUUAUUAUUAUUUAA